AUGCUGUUGCUCGACUACCAGAACGUGCUGAUCCAGUCGAUCCUCACGGAGCGCUUUGCUCCUGGAGCGAACCCCGUGUCGAUCGACCAGACCGCGUCCGACUUCGAUGGUGUCACCUUCCACAUCUCAACCCCCGAAACCAAGACCAAGAUCAUGGUCUCCAUCCAGAUCCGCUGCUUCCAGGACCUGCUGCGCUACGGCGCCGACAAGGUCCUCAACCGCGAAUAUGGGCCGUACGUGGUACCGCCAGAGCCGGGCUUUGACUUCUCCAUCGUUGUUGACCUCACUGCGCUUCCCGAGUCUCAGGAGGAGCGCGAGGCGCUGGUCAACAAGAUUGCACUGCUAAAGCGCAAUAUCAUGGCUGCGCCGUUUGAGCAGGCCUACGAAGAACACUAUCAGCUAAAGGCCGAAGCUGCCAAGUUCAGCUCUGAGGAGGCACCGCAGGGUGUACGCGAAGGCGGUGAGGUAAAGGCGAUCCACUACCGCGAGGAGGAGGCGAUCUACAUCAAGGCUAGCCACGACCGUGUUACCGUCAUCUUCAGCACCGUCUUCCGUGAGGAGACGGACCGUAUUUUUGGUAAAGUUUUCAUCCAGGAGUUCGUCGAUGCCCGCCGGCGGGCCAUCCAGAACGCACCCCAGGUGCUCUUCCGCAAUGACCCGCCGCUUGAGCUGCAAGGUGUCCCAGGGGUUAGGAAUACUGGAACGGGAGAAAUUGGCUACGUCACCUUUGUCCUCUUUCCCCGUCAUCUUACUCCCCAGAGAAUGCCUGAGGUCAUCUCCCACCUCCAAACUUUCCGCGACUACUUCCACUACCACAUCAAAGCCUCCAAAGCUUAUAUCCACUCGCGUAUGCGGCGGCGGACAGCAGACUUCCUCCAAGUUCUGCGCAGAGCGAGGCCUGACAACGAGGAGAAGGAGCGCAAGACAGCCAGCGGGAGGACCUUCAAGGUUGGAAGCUAG